UAGAAUAACCCACCUUCUUAGGGUUUUCCAAAUUGGAUUGAACCAACCGGCCCAAUAGUAUAAAAUGAUAGGUCAUUUUUUACUUUGUCUCUCUCAUCGAAACCCUGGCCGCUCUCAAUCUAUUCUCAGUUCCUCUACAAUGGACAUCAGGAGUGAUCCUUCUAAGCAUGGUGGAAAGAGUAUGAGACAAAGCACCUCUGUCGCCGACUCUGAUUCCGUCCUUCUAGCAACCUCCCUGCCGGAAGAAAUCAUUUCAAAUAUCCUAAUCAAACUGCCAGUCAAAUCACUCAUCAGAUUUAAGUCCGUCUGCAGAUCCUGGCGUGAAUUGAUAUCUGAUCCAAUAUUUGUUAAGGCACAUCUGCAAGGUAACAUCCAAGACAAGAAUUACGCACACCAUGGGCUUAUUAUGGAAAACUAUAAUGUGAGAUCAUGUUCCCUUUCAUCUGUUUUGAAUGAAGAAUCAUCUAUUACAACCUUGGAUUAUUCAUUGAAGGACCAAAAGCAACAGAUUUGGAUAGUUAAUUCAGUUAACGGGUUAGUUUGUAUCCAUUCGAAAUCUCAUAUAUAUAUAUGGAACCCAUCUACUAGGAGAGUAAAGAGAUUGCCUCAUUAUGGUAUUGAAAUAGAUCCAGGGGAUAUCAUUUCAUAUGGGUUUGGAUAUGAAGAAGCUAAUUCCGAUUAUAAGGUGGUUGUUAUUUACCGUUCAGAAUGUUGUUUUGAACGGCCUUGUAAAGUUGAAGGAAAGAUUUAUGGGUUAAAGACUGAUUCGUGGAGGAAGAUUGAUGAUUUUUAUAUAGGAAAACAGUUGUAUGAAUAUGCAUUUUGCACGUUUGUGAGUGGAUCGCUUAACUGGGCAGUAUAUGGUGGCAUUAUUGCCUCUUUCGAUUUGUCGAAAGAAACCUGUUCUGUAACCAAACUACCUUUUUAUUUGAAGAAAGGGAUGAUUUGUUGUUCAAAAUUAGGGAAUUUAAGUGGAAGUCUAUGUCAGCUAUCUUACGUUUAUAGGACGAUGACAAUUGAUUUAUGGGCGAUGAAGGAGUUUGGAAAAGUAGAGUCCUGGUCUAAGAUGUAUUCAAUACCGUAUCAAUGUGAGAAAGGUUUUUUGCAAAGUAUUUUCCAGCAUAAUGCAUCCUUGAUUAUUUCCGGGAAGAAUAAAGUGCUUAUGUUGAUUGGAUCGGCUUUGAUGUUGUAUAAUCUUGAGACUAAGACGUUUACACAGCCCAAGAUUCAAAAUCUCAGGUUUCUCCAUGAUGUAGAAACUUAUAUCGAGAGCCUGGUCUCACCUCACCUGAUGAUCCCAACAACAAAUCAUUAAAUGAGAUCCCACGGGCAUACUGAAUUUUGCUGUCAGAAUAGUCGAUAUUGUUGAAUGAUAAAUGAAUACAAGUGAAGAUGAUGAUGAUGAUGGUGAAUCAUUUAAGUUGGUAUUUUCCUUGAAGUCUUUCAUACAAAUGGCUGUGGAAAUCUCCCUUUGAUGAAAAGUAUGUCAUAUGGAUAUGGGGAUGUCAUGUAUUUUCUUUAUUUAAGUGGAGAACUUGUUUUCCUAUUUUCAUUCUCUUUAUCUUUUUAACAUUGUGACUAUGGAAUAUUACUUAUGCAACAACUUUACUCUUUCUUUCUUUAAA